CAUGCUUAAGCUACAACACACUGGACGAGUACUGGAGAAACACACACAAUUACUGGUAUUGGUAUGGAAUGAUAAACGGGCAUGAUGACACCAUUGAAAAAUGGGACGGCUGGUAUCGACUCUUCAUCAAUGGAUCGAGUGCUCAGAUGCCUGACUGGUGUGUUCCUUAUAUGACAUGUGGAGGUUUCAGUUCUCUGUGGCUUGCUGGUUCUCAUCCUGGAGUAGAAGAUGGAGUUGUUACUCGUGAAGUCUACGGCUCUUAUUAUGAUCAGUGCAGUUAUUACACAUCAAACCCAAUCCAAGUCAAAGCUUGUCCUGGAGAUUAUUAUGUCUAUAAAUUCUCCAGACCAAACGUAGCGAUCCCACUCCCUACAUAUUGUGCAGUUGCUUUCAGCACUCCAAGUGUCGACCCCUGUGACAACUACACCAGUCUGGAUGAACCCUGGAGAUCCACUGAUUAUUCUUACUACAACUAUGUCAUGUGUGAUUAUAAUGUCAACUGGAACGGCUGGUACAGACUUUUCAUCAAUGGUCAGAGUACUCAGAUGUCAGAAUCAUGUGUCAGUCUAGGGAUGUGUGGCUCUUAUUACCCACUGUUCCUCAAAGAUCCUCAUCCACAGCUGGAAGAUGGAGUGGUCACACGACAUGUCUGUGUGUCCUCAUGGAAUGGCUGCUGUGGUUUAGAAUCUCAUCCCAUACAAGUCAAAGCCUGUCCAGGAAAUUAUUAUGUUUAUGAGUUUGUCAAACCAUUCGACUGCUCAGCUUACUGUGCAGCAAGUAACACAGUGACAACAACAACAACAACACAGACGACGACAACAACAACAACAACACAAACAACAACAAUCACACAACCCACUACUCCACCCAUCACAACCACUGGCCCAAUCCCAUUUUAUCCAUUUGGAGUUGGAGACAUAGAGAAUGAACGCAUUGAUGAUGGAAGUUCUGCAGUCAUCUACCUCCUUCAACCGUUUAUAUUUUUUGGACACACAUACAACCAAAUUUAUGUCAACAACAAUGGACACUUGACUUUUGAUGGACCAUGGUACAGCUACUCUCCAUACAGCAUUCCAGCUCAUGGUGGCAAAGACAUCAUCGCUCCAUUCUGGACUGAUAUUGAUAACCGUGGUAACGGUGUGAUCUCAUAUCAGCAGUACACCUCUGGCGAUGUCUUGACACAAGCUACACAAGACAUAAAUCAAUACUUCCCUGAUCUGAGCUUCUCUGCUUCAUGGGUCUUCGUUGCAACUUGGGACAGAGUGGCAUAUUUUUCAUAUUCAGGAACUGAAACAUCAUUCCAAGUGGUUUUGAUUUCAAAUGGCCAUCUCUCAUUUGUUUUGAUGAACUAUGGUAGAAUUGCUUCAUCACAGCGAUAUGUGCAGGCUGGUUAUGACACCAUCGACUCAAGCCAUCAUUUCUCAAUUACUGGAACACUUCAGACUGACUUUACAGGCUUAACAUACAGCACCAAUGUCAAUGUUACAGGCAGAUGGGCCUUCAGAACAGAUUAUGGAUCAAGGGGUUGUCAAUUCAAUGGUUUUCAAGUGCAGCUGGGAGAUUCUUUCUGGAGUGACGCCAACUGUCAGGAGAGAUGCACCUGUACCAGCAGUGGCCUCCAGUGCAGUCUGGAACCCUGCACUUAUUCCCAAGCAUGUCGUGCAGCAGCUUUCCAAUACUCUUGUCAGAACAUUCUAAGACAAACCUGCACCAUCUCUGGAGAUCCUCACUACUACACCUUUGACAAUCAGAUUUUUCACUUUCAGGGAACUUGCACUUAUGUUCUCUCUGAGGCUUGUGGAUAUGGUGUGCCAUACUAUCGCAUUGAGGGCAAAAAUGAUCAUCGAGGUAGUACACAUGUGUCAUGGACUCGGAUGGUCAGAGUGUUUGUGUAUGAUCAAGAAAUUGAACUGAUUAAAGAUCACUAUUAUGAGGCAAAGGUUAACGGUACCUUUAGAUCAACGCCAUUCACACUGAACAAUGGCUCCAUCCAGGUCUAUCAGUCAGGUUUCACCUUGGUCAUCAGCACAGACUUUGGUUUAGCUGUUACAUAUGAUGCAUACAGCUGGGUCACCAUAUCAGUGCCUUAUGAAUAUCAGAAUGCAACAUGUGGUCUUUGUGGGAACUUUAACCUGCAUCCUGAAGAUGAUUUCCGUUCUCCUUCUGGAGAGAUACUGAGCUCAGAUGUGGACUUUGCCAACUCGUGGCAAGUAGAGGGAGACACAGACCCUGAAUGUCAUAAUGUCAGGUGCACUGGUCUGGCUUGUCUUGAUUGUAGCACCAAUGAUAUAAGUGUUUACAGUGAUACAAACCACUGCGGGAUCCUAGGAGAUUUUUUUGGUCCUUUUGCUGCCUGCCACUCUGUGCUUGCACCACAGACGUAUGUAGAGAACUGUGUCUACGAUCUUUGCUUGGGAGGAGGGUACCAACCCAUUCUAUGUCAGGCUCUUAAUGUGUAUGCUGCUCAAUGCCAACAACAUGGUGUACAACUAGGCCAGUGGAGACAACAGGGAUUUUGUGAGAUUGAUUGCCCUAUUGAGCACAGCCAUUUUGAGGCCCACGGAACAAGCUGCCCAGCCACCUGCAGUGAUCCCUCUGCUCCAAUGAACUGUCCAUUGCCCAAUCAGGAGAGCUGUGUUUGUGAUGAUGGGUACAUUCUCAGUGCUGGGACAUGUGUACCUGAAGCAGCCUGUGGAUGCACCUUUGAGGGAUUCUAUUAUGCUGAGGGACAGUCAGUAGUGUUGGAUGAGGACUGUGGCAGGCAAUGUGUUUGCAGCAGCAUGACAAUGAUCUGCUCUCACCAUCAGUGUGGUCCAGCAGAGGUGUGUGAAGUUCAUAACGGUGUAAGAGGCUGUAGACCCACCAGCUAUGCUACCUGUUCAGUUGAAGGCCUAGGUUCAUAUCACACCUUUGAUGGAGAAACUUUCAGAUAUCCUGGAGCUUGUGGAUUGACCCUUUCAAGGGUGAUGGCGCCAUCCCAACUGCCAUCCUUUGCUUUGACAGUGGAGAAAGUGCCUAGAGGCCUUCAAGGUUUUGCUAGGUUCCUGAAGUUUGAGGCAGAAGGAACUCAGGUCUCUAUAGAAAUGGGAGAAGGUAGCAAUGUACAGGUGGAUGGACAGAUGGUUGGUUUGCCCAUCAGUGUUGGUUCCAGUCAGAUCCGAAUCUAUCACAGCAGUGUGAGGGGUUUUGUUCUGGAAACAAACUUUGGGGUGACCAUUAGAGCUGACUGGCCACACAUUGUCCGAAUCACAGCACCAAGCACUUACAGUGGAACACUCGGAGGUCUAUGUGGAAACUUCAAUGGAAACAUUGACGAUGAGUUUUACAGCCCUGAUGGUGUCCUACUGAAUGACACUCAGACAUUUGCAGACAGUUGGCGUGAUGGGUCCUUAUCAGCCCACUGUGAGGACCCAGCUGACCUCUGGGAACCAGGACAAUAUCAGAACAGCAGUCAGUUCAGUGAGCACUGCAACAUCAUGACCUUGCCUGAUGGACCAUUUGCGGAGUGCAGCAGAAUACUAGACCCUGCAGAACGCAUACAAGGUUGCAUUCAGAUGUUGGAGCAGACAAGCGGUGCCAGAGAGGCUUUAUGUGAGUCCUUGCGGGGAUACACACUGCUCUGCCAACAGAAAGGCAUCACAGUUGGAGAGUGGAGGAGCAUUACCUACUGUGAUCCCAUUUGUCCACUAAAUACCCAUUACGAAUUGUGUGGCACAUCUUGUCCUGCGUCCUGCCCUAGUCUAUCAUUUCCUUUUCAAUACACCUUGCAGUGCCAGGAGGGAUGCCAGUGCAAUGAUGGACUUGUUCUGAAUGGAGAUCAGUGUGUGCCUCCAACAGGUUGUGGUUGCCACUAUGUUGGACGUUAUCGGCAGCCUGGAGAGCAGUUCUGGCAUGGUGAAGAGUGUCAGUCUUUGUGUGUUUGUGAUGGAAUUACUGGAAAUGUCCAAUGCACACCAUCAUCUUGCAGUGAACAAGAAGUCUGCCGUGUGGUGGAUGGAGGGUACGGCUGCCAUCCCAAUCCACAUGCUAGCUGUUCUGCCUCAGGAGACCCCCAUUAUAUAUCUUUUGAUGGAACCUACUUUGAUUUUCAGGGCACAUGCAGAUAUGUGCUGGCCACAGUGUGUAAUGACACUCGUGGGCUUCCGGUCUUCCAGGUGGACGCACAAAAUGAGGCGUGGUGGGGAUCCUCAGUUUCAGUUACCGUUCAAGUUUUUGUCAAUGUCUCUGGGCAUCUUGUGAACAUGACACAGAACAUGAAUGGUUUUUCUUCUGUUCAGAUUGAUGGAGAGAUCAGAAAUCUCCCAAUCCUGCUUGACUCUGGCAGGGUAUCUGUCUACUCCACUGGAUCACAAAUAGUUGUUUCAACCGACUUUGGUUUCAGUGUGACUUACGGUUUCUGGGCAGUAAACAUCAUUGUCCCUGCAGACUAUCGAGGAGUUACGUGUGGACUCUGUGGCAAUUUUAACGGUCAUUCAGAAGAUGAUUUCAUGACUCCUUCAGGUUCUUUGGCACCAACAGCAAAUCAAUUUGGGGCAGAAUGGAAGGUUGAGGAUGAAGUGCAAUGCAGUGAUAGAUCUGUAGAUGAUCCAGGUCCAUUGUGCCAAGAUCAGACCAUUGCUCAAAGUCUGUGUGAGAUCAUCAGGGACAAUCAGGGCCCAUUUAGCUUCUGCCAUGCUGAUGUAGAUCCACAAGCAUACUUUAAUGACUGUUCAUUUGACGUGUGCCUCUCUGGAAACAGUAAUGAUGUCUUGUGCCACUCUUUGGAAUCCUAUAUGAGGGCUUGUCAAUCUGUCACUGCUGUUGUCUUCCCCUGGAGAGAAAGUGCAUCCUGUGUCAUGGCGUGUCAGUUAGAGAACAGUCACUAUGAGUUGUGUGGCACAGACUGUGGUCAUACGUGUGCCAGCAGUGUUGAUGCUAGUUGUGAACACACAUGUUCAGAGGGUUGUUUCUGUAAUGAUGGAUUUGUGAGGAGCUCAGGACUCUGUGUACCUGUAGAUCAAUGUGGCUGCUUGUAUGAUGGAUUCUACUAUCAUAUUGGUGAACAGUUCUUAAGUUCAGAAUGUUCUCAACUGUGUGAGUGUUUUGGCCCAAAUGAUCUGCGUUGUUCUGCAUCCUCUUGCCCACCGACUAUGGAGUGUACAGUCAGAAAUGGACAUCGUGGCUGCUAUGAUGGUUGGGGCUUUACUCCUACUACUGUUGUACCGACGACAACUUCAAUAAGAGAAACCACUGACACAGAUGGUCGGGGCUUUACUCCUACUACUGUUGUACCGACGACAACUUCAAUAAGAGAAACCACUGACACUGAUGGUUGGGGAUUUACUCAUACUACUGUUGAAACCACUGACAAUAUAACUGUCUCAUUUUAUCCAUUUGGAGUUGGAGACACAGUGAAUGAACGCUCUGAUGAUGGAAGUUCUGCAGUCAUUUACCUCCUGCAACCGUUUAUAUUUUUUGGACACACAUACAACCAAAUUUAUGUCAACAACAAUGGACACUUGACUUUUGAUGGACCAUGGUACAGCUGGUCUCCAUACAGCUUCCCAGGUCAUGGUGGAAAAGAUAUCAUCGCUCCAUUCUGGACUGAUCUUGAUAAUCGUGGGAAUGGUGUGAUCUCAUAUCAGCAGUACACCUCUGGCGAUGUCCUGACGCAAGCUACACAAGACAUAAAUCAAUACUUCCCUGAUCUGAGCUUCUCUGCUUCAUGGGUCUUUGUUGCAACUUGGGACAGAGUGGCAUAUUAUUCAUAUUCAGGAACUGAAACAUCUUUCCAAGUGGUUUUGAUUUCAAAUGGCCACCUCUCAUUUGUUUUAAUGAACUACGGUAGAAUUGCUCCAUCACAGCGAUAUGUACAGGCCGGUUAUGAAAACAUGGACUCCAGCUAUUAUUUCUCAGUUACUGGAUCACUUCAGACUGACUUUACAGGCUUAACAUACAGCAGCAAUGUCAAUGUUACAGGCAGAUGGGCAUUCAGAACAGAUUAUGGACCACGUGGCUGUCAGUUCAAUGGUUUUCAAGUGCAGCUGGGAGAUUCUUUCUGGAGUGACGCCAACUGUCAGGAGAGGUGCACAUGUACCAACAGAGGCCUCCAGUGCAGCCUGGAACCCUGCACUUAUUCCCAAGCAUGUCGUGCAGCAGCUUUUCAAUACUCUUGUCAGAACAUUCUAAGACAAACCUGCACCAUCUCUGGAGAUCCUCACUACUACACAUUUGACAAUCAGAUUUUUCACUUUCAGGGAACUUGCACUUAUGUUCUCUCUGAGGCUUGUGGAAAUGAUUUGCCAUACUAUCGCAUUGAGGGCAAAAAUGAUCAUCGAGGUAGUACACAUGUUUCAUGGACUCGGAUGGUCAGAGUGUUUGUGUAUGAUCAAGAAAUUGAACUGAUUAAAGAUCACUAUUAUGAGGCAAAGGUUAACGGUACAUUUAGAGCAACGCCAUUCACACUGAACAAUGGCUCCAUCCAGGUCUAUCAGUCAGGUUUCACUUUGGUCAUCAGCACAGACUUUGGUUUAGUUGUUACAUAUGAUGCAUACAGCUGGGUCACCAUCUCUGUACCUUAUGAAUAUCAGAAUGCAACAUGUGGUCUGUGUGGAAACUUUAACCUACAUCCUGAAGAUGAUUUCCGUUCUCGUUCUGGAGAGAUAUUGAGCUCAGAUGUGGACUUUGCCAACUCUUGGCAAGUCGAUGGAGACACAGACCCUGGAUGUCAUAAUGUCAGGUGCACUGGUCUGGCUUGUCUUGAUUGUAGCACCAAUGAUAUAAGUGUUUACAGUGAUACAAACCACUGCGGGAUCCUAGGAGAUGUUUUUGGUCCUUUUGCUGCCUGCCAAUCUGUGCUUGCACCGCAGACGUAUGUAGAGAACUGUGUCUACGAUCUUUGCUUGGGAGGAGGGUACCAACCAAUUCUAUGUCAGGCUCUCAAUGUGUAUGCUGCUCAAUGCCAACAACAUGGGGUACAACUAGGCCAGUGGAGACAACAGGGAUUUUGUGAGAUUGAAUGCCCUAUUGAGCACAGCCAUUUUGAGGCCCAAGGAACAAGCUGCCCUGCCACCUGCAGUGAUCCCUCUGCUCCAAUGAACUGUCCAUUGCCCAACCAGGAGAGCUGUGUUUGUGAUGAUGGGUACAUUCUCAGUGCUGGGACAUGUGUACCCGAAGCAGCCUGUGGAUGCACCUUUGAGGGAUUCUAUUAUGCUGAGGGACAGUCAGUAGUGUUGGAUGAGGACUGUGGCAGGCAAUGUGUUUGCAGCAGCAUGACAAUGAUCUGCUCUCACCAUCAGUGUGGUCUAGCAGAGGUGUGUGAAGUUCAUAAUGGUGUAAGAGGCUGUAGACCCACCAGCUAUGCUACUUGUUCAGUUGAAGGCCUAGGGUCAUAUCACACCUUCGAUGGAGAAACUUUCAGAUAUCCUGGAGCUUGUGGAUUGACCCUUGCAAGGGUGAUGGCACCAUCCCAACUGCCAUCCUUUGCUUUGACAGUGGAGAAAGUGCCUAGAGGACUUCAAGGUUUUGCUAGGUUCCUAAAGUUUGAGGCAGAAGGAACUCAAGUCUCUAUUGAAAUGGGAGAAGGUAGCAAUGUACAGGUGGAUGGACAGAUGGUUGGUUUGCCCAUCAGUGUUGGUUCCAGUCAGAUCCGAAUCUAUCACAGCAGUGUUAGGGGUUUUGUUCUGGAAACAAACUUUGGGGUGACCAUUAGAGCUGACUGGCCACACAUUGUCCGAAUCACAGCACCAAGCACUUACAGUGGUACACUCGGAGGUCUAUGUGGAAACUUCAAUGGAAAUAUUGACGACGAGUUUUACAGCCCAGAUGGUGUUCUACUGAAUGACACCCAGACAUUUGCAGAUAGUUGGCGUGAUGGGUCCCUAUCAGCCCACUGUGAGGACCCAGCUGACCUCUGGGAACCAGGACAAUAUCAGAACAGCAGUCAGUUCAGUGAGCACUGCAACAUCAUGUCCAUGCCUGAUGGACCAUUUGCAGAGUGCAGCAGAACACUAGACCCUGCACAACGCAUACAAGGUUGCAUUCAGAUGUUGGAGCAGACAAGCGGUGCCAAAGAGGCUUUAUGUGAGUCCCUGCGGGGAUACACACUGCUCUGCCAACAGAAAGGCAUCACAGUUGGAGAGUGGAGGAGCAUUACCUACUGUGAUCCCAUCUGUCCACUAAAUACCCAUUACGAAUUGUGUGGCACAUCCUGUCCUGCGUCCUGCCCUAGUCUAUCAUUUCCCUUUCAGUACACCUUGCAGUGCCAGGAGGGAUGUCAGUGUAAUGAUGGACUUGUUCUGAAUGGAGAUCAGUGUGUGCCUCCAACAGGUUGUGGUUGCCACUAUGCUGGACGUUAUCGGCAGCCUGGAGAGCAGUUCUGGCAUGGUGAAGAGUGUCAGUCUCUGUGCGUUUGUAAUGGAAUUACUGGAAAUGUCCAAUGCACACCAUCAUCUUGCAGUGAACAAGAAGUCUGCCGUGUGGUGGAUGGAGAGUACGGCUGCCAUCCCAAUCCACAUGCUAGCUGUUCUGCUUCAGGAGACCCCCAUUAUAUAUCUUUUGAUGGAACCUACUUUGAUUUUCAGGGCACAUGCAGAUAUGUGCUGGCCACUGUAUGUAAUGACACUCGUGGGCUUCCGAUCUUCCAGGUGGACGCACGAAAUGAGGCAUGGUGGGGAUCCUCAGUUUCAGUUACCGUUCAGGUUUUUGUCAAUGUCUCUGGGCAUCUUGUGCACAUGACACAGGACAUGAAUGGUUAUUCUUCUGUUCAGGUUGAUGGAGAGAUCAGAAAUCUCCCAAUCCUGCUUGACUCUGGCAGGGUAUCUGUCUACUCCACUGGAUCACAAACAGUUGUUUCAACUGACUUUGGUUUCAGUGUGACUUACGGUUUCUGGGCAGUAAACAUCAUUGUCCCUGCAGACUAUAGAGGGGUUACGUGUGGACUCUGUGGCAACUUUAACGGUCAUACAGAAGAUGACUUCAUGACUCCUUCAGGUUCUUUGGCACCAACAGCAAAUCAAUUUGGAGCAGAAUGGAAGGUUGAGGAUGAAGUGCAAUGCAGUGAUGGACCUGGGGAUGAUCCAGGUCCAUUGUGCCAAGAUCAGACCAUUGCUCAAAGUCUGUGUGAGAUCAUCAGGGACAAUCAGGGCCCGUUUAGCUUCUGCCAUUCGGUUGUAGAUCCACAAGCAUACUUUAAUGAUUGUUCAUUUGACGUUUGCCUCUCUGGAAACAGUAAUGAUGUAUUGUGCCACUCUUUGGAAUCCUAUAUGAGGGCUUGUCAGUCUGUCAAUGCUGUUGUCUUCCCCUGGAGAGAAAGUGCAUCCUGUGUCAUGGCGUGUCAGUUAGAGAACAGUCACUAUGAGUUGUGUGGCACAGACUGUGGUCAUACGUGUGCCAGCAGCGUUGAUGCUAGUUGUGAACACACAUGUUCAGAGGGUUGUUUCUGUAAUGAUGGAUUUGUGAGGAGCUCAGGACUCUGUGUACCUGUAGAGCAAUGCGGCUGCUUGUAUGAUGGAUUCUACCAUGAUAUUGGUGAACAGUUCUGGAAUUCAGAAUGUUCUCAACGUUGUGAGUGUUUUGGCCCGAAUGAUCUGCGUUGUUCUGCAUCCUCUUGUCCAGCGACUAUGGAAUGUACAGUCAGAAAUGGACAUCGUGGCUGCUAUAGUGAAAUGUCCACGUGUACAGUAUGGGGUGACCCUCACUACAUCACCUUUGAUGGGGCUGUCGCCCACUUUCAGGGAACGUGUUCAUAUGAGAUCGCCCAGACCUGUGGUAAUGUUACUGAUGAAGAUCUGGAGUUCCGUGUGGUGGCCACCAACAGGCACCGUGGAAACAUGGCAGUGUCAUUUGUGUCUGUAGUGGAUGUUUGGCUGUCCCACCAUGGACAACAGGCGCAAAUCACUAUUGGACAGAACAGAAGACUAAAAGUUAAUGGGAACUCCACUGACUCAUCAACUUUUCAAAUCAGUGAUCUUGUGGAAGUAUAUGAGGAGCCGGGAUUUGUGGUUUUAAAUGCAUUUAAUGAAUUCACCGUCCAUUUUGAUGGUCAGAGCACCCUUCUAGUCAGACUGAGCCAAAGUUUCCAUGGAUCCGUAUGUGGAAUGUGUGGCAAUUACAAUGGAGACCCAGCAGAUGAUAUUGCAUCACCCAACGGAGACCUUGCACCUAAUGAUAAUGACUUUGGCAACAGCUGGAUUUCAGACACCAGUACACCAGGAUGUGGUGCGAGCGAUCGGACCGGAAAUCCUGACGAGUGUCCAUUUAAACAGGAGUAUUCUGAUCUGUGCGGUAUUAUCACCAAACCAACCGGCCCCUUCCAGGAAUGCCAUCAUCAUGUUGACCCUGCACCUUACUAUUACUCCUGUGUGUAUGACCUGUGUCUCUACACAGCACAAAAUGGCAUGUUGUGUUCAGCUGUUCAGGCUUAUGAGGCAGCUUGUGUCGUAUUGGGCACACAGAUCCCAGAAUGGCGCUCCAGUCUGCAGUGCCCUGAGAGAGAUCCCUGUUCUGAGCUCACCUGUACUGAAGAUGAAUGGUGUGGAGAGAUGAACAGUGUUUACGGCUGUUUAUGCAAUGACAACCAAACCAGAUCUGAUCCUGACAAUUUUGAUUUCUUUGAAACCUGUGAAAGCAGUACAGGAUCUAUAUCUAUAUCUCGCUGUCAGCUCUUUGAAGCUGGUUUUUCAGCUCAUGGCCUGCAUCUCAAUGAUCCCAGCUGCAGAGGAAUCAUCCAGAAUGGCCGAGUGGAGUUUAGUUUUGAUAACGAUGGACACACCUGUGGUACAAAUCUUAUGGCCAAUGGCACUCAUAUCAUCUAUGAGAACUUUAUUUUGGGAGCACCAAGGUCAUCUGAAGGUCUCAUCAGUAGAGAGAGAAUUCUGCAGAUAUCUUUCAGCUGUGUUUACCCCCAAACCCAAACACUUUCUAUGAUAGAAAUCAACCCACUGGAGAGUCGUGUGAACAAGAAUCUUGUUGGUCAAGGGAUGUAUCAGGUCCGAAUGAUCCCAUAUCAUGAUGUCGGGUUCUCUCAGCCCUUCAAUGGUAGUGUGAAUGCAGAACUCAACCAGGAGAUUUUUGUUGAGGUUCGUGUUGAUGGGGUUGACAGUCGACAGUUGGUGACAGUGAUUGACACAUGUUGGGCUACACCUGUGAAUGAUCCAGAUUACAGUCUGCGCUGGGAUCUCAUCACUGGAGAGUGUCCAAAUCCACAUGAUAACACAGUGAAGAUUCUUCAGAAUGGUGUCUCAACAUCCAGCCGUUUCUCCUUCAGGAUGUUUGUCUUCAACUCAAACUCCACUAAAGUUUACCUGCACUGUGCUGUUCAUCUUUGUAUUCAGGCCAACAAUCAUUGCCAAGCUCACUGUGGCUCUGGAUAUCACCAGAGAGUCGGCAGGUCUCUGGACUUCCAUGACAGUUCUUCUAUAUCCAUGGGUCCUUUCGUCUUGUCUGAUAGAAAUUCAGACACAUGGGCUCUAGAGAAAGAGCCAUUGUCCGGAGCUCCAGGUCUGUGUGGUUGUUUGAUGAUUCUGUUGGUUUCACUUCUGAGUGCCAUCACCAUCUUCUAGGACGUCUCCACAAUGCAUAAUUUCUAAUUUCAAACGUUUCUAUACUAAAGCUUAAUAUUUGCUUUAUCAUAUCUGUUAUCUGAUUUUGUUUUCUAUUACACUAAUGAAGGAUUAGCACAGCACUUAUAUUGAUGCAUAUUUUGAGACUAUUCUGUCUUUUUAUUGUAGAUUUUCUUUUUUUAUUGUCUCUUCUUUAUAAAUGCUUUAUUGUGUUAAAAAAAACGAUUGUUAAAAAUAAAGUUCAUACCAAGCAUCAAAAUGUUGAUUUG